GACCGUUACAACUUAUAUCUACCUACAGUUGGCGCCCCCAAAGCACUAACCAAACCAGACCAUCAUCAGCGAUCAUCUAUCGAUCAUCAUAUCCGACCAUGUCUUCCCCCACGACCGGCUACACACUGCACCGGAAUUACACCUCCUCAGCCCGGCUGAACGCCCAGCAUCUCCUGUGGAAAGAAGCCCUCGGAUACAAUCUGCACCCAUGCAUCGAUCUGCCCCGGGACCAGCCCGUGCGCGUGGCAGACAUCGGCACGGGCACGGGGAUCUGGAUGAUGGACGUGAAACGGGAUUAUCCGGCCGCACGGAUCGACGGGUUCGAUGUCUCCUUCGCUCAAUGUCCCCCCGCGGAGUGGCUGCCGGAUGGGGUUAAUUUGCGCCCCCUCGACCUGUACGAGCCUCUGCCGGCGGAGCUGGAGGGCGUCUAUGAUGUGGUGCAUCUGCGUCUGUUCUUUGUCGUCAUCCGGAAUGAUGACCCCGUGCCGGUGUUUCGCAAUCUGUUGCGCAUGUUGAAGCCCGGCGGCUGGCUGCAAUGGUCCGAACACAACUACGAGUCGUGGUCGGUUCAGUCCGUGGCCGGGGUGUCCACCCCGGCGUUGGAUGAGAUGAUGGCGUUGAUGAAGGCAACGGGGCUUGGACGCUGGGUCCCUGGACUGUCCAACGUGUUCGCGCAGCACGGGAUGGCCGAGGUGCGCAAGGAGCUCCAUCCUUGCAUCCCACACACGCGGGUCUACUGGAGCCAGCUGCAGUUCAACUCGAAUGAGGAAUACAGUUAUUUGGCGAUGGAUAACAGCUCGCCAGACGCGGCGGGCCCCAAGCUGCGCAGCCUCAUUCACCAGGCGGCCGAGGAGUGUCGGCGGGGCGCUGGCUUCGACUUUACGAUCGAGGUGACACUGGGUCGGAAGCCUCCCGCGUAGGAGAUAGAUAGCAUGCUAUAAUACCACGGACUAUUCCCGAAUCAUAACGCCAUACUUCACGGUGUCGUUGCAGCGUUGGUAACUUGAUUGGGGGCCAGGCAGAACAAAGUAGUAGCGAAGGAAGACUAGACUCAUUUUAGGGCGUGG